AUGCAGGCUGUCUCUGCACCAUUUCUUCACUACGCUCCUUGUGCAAUCUUGCCAAGCCCUAAUCCCAAAACGACGACGUUUGGGGCAAACAAGCAUCCCUCCUCGCCAGGUAGUAGGUGGUCUGUCGCAUCAUGCAGGGCCUCGUCUCCGACCACGAUCACGGAAUUCAAUCUGUACGAACUUCUUGGUGUGGAGGCGUCUUCCGACAAGGCCCAGAUAAAGGAAGCCUACAGGGCGUUGCAGAAGCGGUGCCACCCUGACAUCGCCGGCCCCGCCGGCCAUGACAUGGCCAUCGUUCUCAACGAGGCUUAUGCUCUGCUCUCCGACCCCAACGCCCGUCUGGCUUACGAUAAGGAGCUGGAAAAAGUUGCAGAUUUGCACGGCUACACAGGGAGGCCGAUGUAUUCUGUCUGGUUAGGAUCGGAGCAAGAAGAGAGAGCUGUCUUCGUGGAUGAAGUCAAGUGUAUAGGUUGCUUGAAGUGUGCCUUAUUUGCCAGCAAAACUUUCGCCGUCGAAUCUGUGUACGGAAGGGCCAGAGUGGUGGCGCAAUGGGCUGAUCCUGAGGGCAAAAUUCAAGAAGCCAUUGGAGCAUGUCCUGUCAACUGCAUCUCAAUGGUAGAAAGAUCGAACCUGGCUGCCCUGGAAUACCUGAUGUCGAAGCAACCCCGGGGUAGAGUGAGAGUCGGCGCAGGGAACACUGCAGGUAUGCGAACCUCGGAUGUCUUCGAUGAAAUGGAGAAAUUUCAGGCUAGAUAUGCAGACUACAGAGCUACUUCCAAGGAAUCCGAGGAUCAAAUGGCGUCGAGAAUGUCAGCUAUUCAAGCGAUUCAAAUGAUAUCGAAUUGGCUGUACUGGCAAUCUCCCAACACAGAAGCUACACCACUGGCAGCGACACAGAAUUAUUCACAAGUGAGAUCAAGAGGACAUAACGGACAAAGUAUGAAAAGGCUGAAAGCUGCUGCGGAUGCGCGAAAACAAGGAUCAAACCCUGCAAAACAAACAGAAUCAAUGAUGAGCAACAGCCAUGAGUAUUGGGUGCCGACCUCUAAUGCAAUACCAGAGGUUAUCAAUUCAGUCUCUACCCCAAACCAUGGAGCUAACCCUAUUCCAAAUAGGAAGAUGAACCGAUCAAGCGAUGGUGAAGUAUCAGGCCCCAAGAAGGGCUCUAACAGCCCUUUAAGAUGGGGCGUACCGAUUGGAACAGCCAUGGUAGCAGCAGCUGUUGUUAGGUUGCACCUUGGGGAACCAUCGGGUGGCCUAGAGGACCAUCUCGGUGGUUCCAUGGCACUAGCCAUUGUUAACAGCUCAUGGUCACCGGUUGCUUUAGCUGGUGUCACCUGGUACCUCAUUAGCAUGUAUGUAGUUGAAUUAGUGGAAGCAUUAAGGAGAAAAUGAGGAACACACCAUUGAUACUCCUCUCUGAUGUACAUGAAAUAUAUGUAAACGCACAAAUGUAAUAAAAGCAUCUGUUCCCAAAGAA